CAAAAGAGAUGCAUCCGUUGCUAGUAUUUGUAAUCGCAGCACUUCCAGCGCAUCUAGUGGCUCUGAUCAGUCAAAAUAAAAAAUUUAUUGAAGCCGUCAGUAAACUACGGGAGUCGAACGAAACUAUGAAUGGGGACUUGCCGUUCGCGAUUCCUUUCCACGUUUCGAUACAAGUCCAUUUAGGAGAGGAAUAUUAUCAUUUGUGCGGUGGCAGCAUCAUUCACAGCCAAAUCAUCAUGACGGCAGCGCACUGUUUCCACGAGAGUCAUCCGAUGGCAAUGUUGAGCGUGGUAGCUGGAGUAGAAAAGUUCUCGGUGGCUCCAAAGCCACGCUACGCCAUUUCGCUUGUCGUGCGGCACAGAUACUACUGGUCACUGCGCAGGUUCGACAUUGCGCUGGUGAAACUUAAAGAGCCACUGCCUAUUGAUGGCACACAUAUUGACACUGUCGACUACCGGCUCACGGAGAAUAUGGAAGACAACAAGCAAGCAUAUCUAAUAGUUUGGGAUCGCAACAGCACUAAUUUAGGAAUUGUUGAUUUUACUACUAUCAAUACCAAUGAUUGCAGAAAGAUGGGUUUCGUAUAUGUUACCAAGUUGGUUUUGUGUGCUUACAGUACAAUGGGGCGUGGUGCUUGUGAAGGUGACUCUGGCGGUGCGUUACUCAGCCCAGAUUUAACCAAACAGUUGGGCAUACUCUCCUAUGGCAGAAUGCCUUGUCAGAGCAAUCGCAUCUAUGUCUAUACGAGCAUGGUUCCAGUGGUGGGUUGGAUUGACGAACAAAUAAAAAGGCUAGUGGGCAAAUGAACACUGGGCACCGGCCGCAGCGAUAUCAUGCAACUUAUGUUAUG